UAUGGGAUAAUAAUAAACUAAAUAUCCAAUUCAUGUUCUUAUUAAGGAUAUUGAAUAUUUUAAUAAAGUUAUCAAGUAAGAAUCUAUAUUAUUUAUUUUCAGGUCAACUCCUAUAUAACAAGAAUUAAGUAAAAAAAUAGAAGCUGAAUUGAUUUAGAAUAAAUUAACAUUUUCAGAACAAUUACUUUCAUCCAAAAACAAAACUGAUCUUGCAAUCAUACUUAAAAUUGAUAACAAACAAAAAUUGAUCAAUUAAGAAACAUUCUAUAAAUUAAAAUAAUUAACUCAAGAUUUAGCAUAUUUGUACAUGAAAAACAAUGAAGAUGAGAUGUGUCAAAUUUGUUUUGAAAAAAAAAUAGAUAAACUAUUGCCUUGUGGUCAUAGUUAUUGUUAAAAUUGUAUAGAAGGAUGGUUUAGUGUAAAAGAUAGAGAUUCUUGCCCUAUGUGUAGAACCAGAUUUACUAAAUAAAAAAUGCUUUAAAACUCAUUUUGCUUUCCAGAUGAAAAAGAUUUCAUAGAUUCUUUUAAAGAAGAAGUCCUAAAAAUUUUAAAUUGA